CAACAUUCAAGAGAGACACAGAAUUAUCAGCGGCUGCAUAACACGCCGUGGGAUGAACUUGUGUGAGAUUUAGAGGGGAAGUCGGCGGCCGUUAUAUCGCGUUACUUUUUAUCCAAAGUGGAUUUUAAACCUGAGCGAUCUUUGCACGAUGUUACUUGUGUCUCAGAGAGUCGAGGCACCUCGUAUGGAACAGCACAUCUCGCUGCAAGGAUCUAUAAAGAGGAAGUUGGAGAGCAAUGGAUCACCUGCCAAUCACGACAAGAUCAGUGAACUCUCUGACGGUGCGUUCUCGGGCGAGGUUAAGAGGAUCUGCCUGGACGAUGUCAAUCUUCCAAUGGGUCAGGGAGAUGUGUCCAAUGUCCUGCGAACAGAUGUGCACAAUUCCUCACUGCCAAUUGGGCACCGCGGGCAGGGUCUGCAAAAUUCUGCCCCCAUGGGCUCGUCCUUGGGUUGUGUAACUCCAGGGACCAACACAGGGCUCCUGGGAGGCAACCAAGCAAACGGCGGCGACAUCAGCUCGCAGUUUGCUGUGACGUCCAACGCAGAGAUGAAACCGAACGUGGGUGAUGGACACAACAUGUUCUUUGACUCCAAAGCGGCCAAUAAUUUAACCAUGGAUCCUGACUUGGUGGAUCUGUUGGAAGAAUUGACAAACAUACCAAAUUCUCCAUUGAACGAACUUGAUAUUUUGAACACCAGGAGCGACCCGCUGAACUUGGGCCUUGUGCAGACAAGUCAGAGCACUACUCGAAAGUCGUCUCCACAAGCAGCUUCGCACUUGGAGAACCCCAUCCCCAACCGAGAGUUCUCCCCCAAUUUCAAUCAGGCGUCUGGCGGUUCUCCUCAGAGGAGGCCCUCCUCGGCUGGCACGUCAUACCCAUUGCCCGCUCCACCCAAUCACAUGCCAUUGCCGAUGUCCUCGGCUUCUCAGAACCAGGUUCCUAGCCAGAGCCAGGCACCACUGCUGUCUGGCACCGGGGCCAGUCGGGUUGGAGCCAGUUGGCAUGAACUGUCGCACGCGCAGCAGCUGAAGAAGAUUGCGGCCAGCCAGCACCAGCGCUCUGUCUCACAGCAGUCCCACCCACAGCCGGGGCAAGCAGCCAGCUGGCCUCCGGUUCCCUCCUCUGGGCCGUCCCCGCCCUACCAACCGGACAAGCUCCCCAGCCCCUCCCUGCACCAGCAGUCCUUCAGUCCCCCCAACGCCAUGCUGCCCAGCCUCCCGCCAUCAAGCAACCCCGCCAGCACAAUGCAGAGUUACCUGUACAGCAAAGCGGCCUCGAGCCAGCCGGGCCGCAUCGCCAUGCUGGGCCAGCAGCAGGCCGGCCUUAACCAGGGCCCGAUGAACGAGGGCGGCCUGCCUUCAGAGCAGCUGUCGCUCAGCAACACCAAGCCGCUGUCGCACUUUGACCCGGACCUUCCUGCGCAGAAGAUGCCUUCGGUGGCCGGCGGGCAGAGCCAGCCUGCUGUGGUGCAUUACAUGCACCAGGCCCCCGCAGCCGUGCAGCAGCCUCCGCCCUCCAGCUCCAGUCAGCAGCUGCAGUUUCGCAACAAGCUCCGCAUACAGCACCUGAGAAUGCAGAACAGCAUUCAGCAUUCGCCGGAUCCCAAUCCCAAUAAUAAUUACAUAAAAGCCACAUCACACGCCUUCCUCAAGCACCAGCUUCUAAAGAAACAACAUAAUCUCCUCCAGCAGCAGCUCAUGGCUGACCAGGAAAAACAAAGACAGCAUGAGCAAAGAAAUGGUCACAUGAUCCGGGCAUCCCCUGAUUAUAAGGAGCAGAGGAGUGUGUUUGGAGUUCAGCAACUAAAUCAGUUCCAAGCUGUGGCACAACCUUUGCCUACAAACUCCGGGCAGCCUCUGCCGACACCGCAGUCAGCCCAUUGCGGUAUGCGGCGGAACCCCGGCCUCUUGCAGGCGACGAGUCAGAACAACCUUGGGCCCGGGGUACCUGCAGUGACCGCCAGUCAGGCCGACCGGACCGUGGGGAUGUACCCAAAUAACGCUGGCAACCAGCAGAGCGUCUACAUGCCGCCGUCUGGCCUCAACAUGCCUCUCCGGCCAAGCCAGAACGCUUUGGGGAUGAGAUCAACCAGCCAGCCAGUGCCAAGCCAGGCUAUAAUCCAGCAAAGGACACCAAUCUCAGGGUUCAGUGGUUCCGUGCCGAACCCGGCUGCACCUCCCCAGCACGUGAGGCAAUCCAUAAACCAGGCGGGAGUUAGUAUGCCCGUCCAAGGAAUUUCAAACGCGCUAGCCACUUCUGGCAUGGCUCCUCAAAUGUGGGCGCAGCAAAGGAUUCAAGGAAUGCAGAAUCAGACCAAAAUGGACGGUGGCAUGCAGCAUUUCCCAAAUAACCCGUUGUUCCCCAAACAGACCAUGAGGCCAAAUCUGCCCGUGCAUCCGUUUCCCCACCAGACCAUUGCGCCACCAAACCAGAUAGCCCCGGCAGGACAGAUGAAGCCGCUGCAGCAACUGAACCCGGGCCAGACUGGACAAAACAUGGUCUCCAUGAGCGGCCCGUCCCCGAGGCAUAGUCAGCCAAGGUUAUCCUCGGCAGCCAUGGCCAGCAUGAAACCUGUGCCGCAGGGGAUUACCAGUAUGAGCCAGACUCACCCAGUGCCAGGCCUCACUGCCGCCAGCUAUGCAUCCAGCGGCCAGUCAUCGGCAUCCUAUAACCGAAUGAACCCCAGCACCGAGGUAUCGACCUAUGACUUUCUCCAGCAUAGCAACAGCAAUGCCUUGGGGGCAGCUCGGAAUGAGCCUGACUUCAUAGAGUCCAUUAUGAAGGGAAGCAGCAGUAACGAUGACUGGAUAAACGACUUAACGCUCGAUGACUUUUUGGGGCAGCAUUCCUAAAGCCUGGUCAACCCUCCGGGCUGCUGUACAUAGAGAGCGCCCAUCUACACAUUGCAGCAUUGGACCGAGACUGUCGAGUACGUGUGUAGGUGUGGACACUGUAACUUUCCAUUUACGAGCAGGUGCAGGUCACUGGAUGUAUCUAGUGUACUGCCUGCAACACUGAAUUUUAAAGUGGCAAUACAUAAAUUAAUGUAUUUGUUCAAAAUAUUCUGUAAAUUAUGUUUUCCUAAUAAAUAUUGUAUGUCAGGAAGGAGUAAUUAUACUUGGUUGGAUCAUUUGUCAAUAAAAUACAGUAUAGGCAAAAUCAUUGUUUUUAUAUUAGCAAAUUUGUUUAUUUUUAUUUGGUAUAAAAUAUGCAGACUACAUUGUUCAAUCAGUAAUACUAUGUAUUACAAUGUUAAAAUGCAGGUUGUGUUUUUAACAUGACUUAGGCAGUGCAGUCUUGUGUUGUACAGGUGACUUAUUCCUGGAUUUUCAUUCACUGUCAGUCCCAUUUUGAUUUAAAGUUCAAAGUUCAAAGUAAAUUUAUUAUCAAAGUAUGUAUACUAUAUACAACCUUGAGAUUCAUCGUUAACACAGUGAGCAAACAACUGAUGGAAUGGUUGUCAAUAUGAAAUUGCUUUCUUUGUAAUCUGUCAGCUCAUGUUGACAAUCUGUACAUUUUGUAUGUGCAUUCUACCAAGAUAUUAUGAACUUCAUAAUGUAUUUUUUUUGCUGAAAAUUUUUUUUGUGAUCUCAUGUUUUAUUUGUUAUAUGCAUUUCCUUUCCUGCCUUGAAUGUGUUUCUUUUAUUUUUAAUUUAAUACCAUCUUGGAGCACAAAUAGUAUGACAAGUUUCUGCUUCAUUAUCAUAAUAAACUUGCCUUGUGCCAAGACUGCA